ACCGCCUGUCGGGUCGCUGAGGCACAGCCUCACAGCUGCCCGGGCCUUCCGCGGCCCCAACCCCCGGCCGGCCCGGGGGCCUGGCGGUGACGGCGGCGCCUGGUAGCGGGGGAUUUGGAUGCUCGGCCGGCGGCUCCCCCCGCCCGCACCACCUCUGGGGGUUUGGCCGCCGGGACUUAUCUCGUUGCCUUCCCGGCAUGCCCCGCUCGCAGACGGCCGCCAGUCCCGCGCCCGGACUUUGCCAUCGCGGGGGGCCCGGCCGCGGGAGCGCCCCCGCCUGCGUCCCGGAGCCGCAGCCUCAGCUUCAGCCCAUGCAGGGGAUUGACCGGGACUGAGGGAGCCACCUGGAAGCAUGGAGACCGUGGUGAUUGUUGCCAUAGGUGUGCUGGCCACCAUCUUUCUGGCCUCAUUUGCAGCCUUGGUGGUGGUUUGCAGGCAGCGCUACUGCAGGCCUCGAGAUCUCCUGCAGCGCUAUGAUUCCAAGCCCAUUGUGGACCUCAUCGGCGCCAUGGAGACCCAGUCUGAGCCCUCAGAGCUAGAACUGGACGAUGUCGUCAUCACCAACCCCCACAUCGAGGCCAUUCUGGAGAACGAAGACUGGAUUGAAGAUGCCUCGGGUCUCAUGUCUCACUGCAUUGCCAUCUUGAAGAUUUGUCACACUCUCACGGAAAAACUUGUUGCCAUGACAAUGGGCUCGGGGGCCAAGAUGAAGACCUCAGCCAGUGUCAGUGACAUCAUCGUGGUGGCCAAGCGGAUCAGCCCCAGAGUGGACGAUGUUGUGAAGUCAAUGUACCCUCCAUUGGACCCGAAGCUCCUGGAUGCCCGGACAACUGCCCUGCUCCUGUCUGUCAGUCACCUGGUGCUGGUGACCAGGAAUGCCUGCCACCUGACCGGGGGCCUGGAUUGGAUUGACCAGUCGCUGUCAGCUGCUGAGGAGCACUUGGAAGUCCUUCGAGAAGCAGCCCUGGCUUCAGAGCCAGAUAAAGGUCUCCCAGGCCCUGAAGGCUUCCUGCAGGAGCAGUCGGCCAUUUAGUGCCUACCAGCCAGCAGCUGGUCACAGGGCCAGCCUGCUGCCGUGGCUGGGUGGCUCAGCUGUGCCUUCUACUUCUUCCUGUAGAGUUAGUUGUUCUCCACGGCUGGGGAGUCCAGCUGUGUGUGUGUAGUAAAGCAGUCGAUGCCUCUGUUGUAGUUACAAGUGGUGGCUGGUGAGUGGCAGUCUAAUCCCACAGUUAGGGGAGAUGACAGUCACCAUCUGUACAGCAGAGCUUUGAAAACUGGAGGACUGUAAGCUUUAUUUAGCUCACCUACUGUUUUCAAGAAAAUCCAGCCACCAUCUAAGAAUCAGGAGGUUUCACAUUAAAUCAGAAUGUCUGGUUUCUCUCGAACAAUCAGAAGUUGAGGCAACUCUCAUCUGCAUUUUCCACAGAGGACAAUCAAUUGGAACUACGUAGGAGUUGCCUCUCUUGACAAUACUUGUACUCUCUCACCUGGCCUGUUUCAUUUAUUUGUAUUAUCUGCCCAGUCCCUGAGGUAUCUGGAUCCCUCCUUCUCUUUACAGGUUUGGGUUUGAAGGUGAGCAACGUAGAGUUGAUCAUUCCCUUUUUAUCAUUAUGCCUGCAAUUUUACCUAGCUACCACUAGGUGGAGAGUAAACGUAUACUUAGCUUUCCCUCAAUUGUGUGAUUGUGUAGUCAAAUUCCGAUGCACGGUGUGUGGUGGGACGUAUUUGUCUGAGGACUGAGGGUGGAAGGAGAGAGGCUAAGAAUCCCAAGGAUGCCUUGUGUGUAUGACUCAAAAUAAGAUAUUCAGAGACCCUCCAGGGUUCAGGCAGAGGUGAAGAUAACCACCAUGAAGUAUUUUUUCCACACUACCAGUGACAUCCAUGAAAGAUGGGUCCCCUUUCUUUUGGUAUCUGCUUGUUUGGCAAGUACUGAAAGAUGAGGGGCAUUUUAAUGACUUGAGACCUUUGGGGGACCCAGAAUCACAAUUGUAUAAUCCAGACUGCAUCCAAACUCUGUAAUUUCCAUCACAAGCAUAUAGCAACACCGGAAAUACUUUUUUUCCUCCCAGGAUCUCAGAGCCAACCUCAUUCUUGGGAGAGGGCCCUGGCUUGGGGGCUGCCUUGGUUCAUAUCCUAUGCUGUUAAGCAUGUUUGGAGCUCCAUGUCUGUUCCCAUUUCAUUUUCUGUGUCCUAAUUCAAGUCAGCAAAUCCCUCAGUCUGAUUCUAGAGAACCAGGAACCCAUGUUUCCAAGUCCAAGAUUGGGGCCUUGUUUGUCAUUGAGAUGUGUCAUCCAUCCAAUUUCAUUCUCUCCUGAAAAACAAGAUGCUUCUCUCCAGCACAGUGCACACCAAUUCCCACUUGGGGAGGUGGAGUCAGGAGAGGGAAGCUGGGGCUCAACUCUCAUGGAAGGAUAGAGGGAUUCCUGAGGACAGGGGAGACACCUUACUGGAUUGUCCACUCCCAUCAGCCCUGAACACAUGCUAGGUAACUUUCCUGUCCUGCUGGUGAGCUGUGAAUGGGCAGUGUCCACAGAGUCACUGUGACUUUUCUAUCUGUGGCCUCCACCAAUAGCUAUCCAGAGUCCUCCUGUUUUUGUCUUUUCCCCUCCCUUUCAAUACCUGCUUUCAUAAGCAGACUGGAAACCACCAUGCUAAGGUUUCAGUGGCUGCCAUGGUUGUCAGCGUCCCUGCAUUUUAACCUGGACCAGAGCCCUAAGCCAGAGAGAGCCCUUAAUCUCUCAAAUACCAUCUACAAGGUGUGGGGUUAGAGGUGGAGAAGUUUCCCAGCACCACCUCGCAUCUCUGAACCCUGACAAGUCCUGGCCCACCUACUUCCUCAAGCUCUGAGAUGCUGCCCUUUUAGUAGUGAGAAGAGGUGGCUGAAGACCUUGGAAGUAUCUGCUAGGCUGCAGGAUCUCUGAUUCCACGGCUGUGUAUCCUUUCUUUUGUUUCUGGUGCAGGACAAAUAAGAAGUCUCUGGAUCAGGUUGGUGUUGGUGACUGAUGGUUGAGGUGGAAGCACUGUCUUUGGGGUGGGACUCUUCUAGCCCUUUGGGAGUUGGCUGAACUUGCCUCCUCAUUUGGGAGGGACUGGUUGGCAAGCACUGGGGGUCCAGCCAGGUAUGGUUUCCCAGACGAUGGACACAUCCUGAGGCCCUAGUUCACUAGUGUCUGUGUAUAUUGUCAUAGAUCUUCCAUGAUUUUCUUCCAUGACCCCCACCCUCUCUUACCCUGGCGUAGGAGCAUCAGACUCAAAUUCUGAAUGAAGAAGGAAUUAGGGAUAGGAAUUGAGGGUGAAAAGAGCAAGAUCUUUGAAGUCAGACAGAAUUAGAUUCAAAUUUGGGCUCAGUCAUUGACUGUGUGAGCUUGGACAAGUUUCUUAACCUCUCUGGUCCUUAGCUCUCUCACCUGUAAAAUCAAGGCUACUGCCUCAUUGGGUUGGUAUGUCAAUCGCAUGAAGCAGUGUACGUGAAAUGUCCAAUUGUGUACCUGGUACUGAUUAGCCAAUGCUAAUACUUCUGUCUCCAAAGUGCCCCAUGCCCUGAUGCAGCUGAUCGAGAUGGUGUCACCCCAGUUACCAUGGCUCUGUCUAAGCUCUGGAACCAAAUAGCCCCAAUUCUGGAAUCACUGGCCCAACCCUGUGCCCGCCCCACCCCAAAUAUGUUCACAACAGGAAGGCAAUCAAAGCUCUUGGCCCCUUAUCGGUGUUCCCAGAGUUGACUGCCCAAGUUUGCAUUCCUCCAGAGCACAGCCCAGAGUCUCCUCCAGCUUGUGAAAUCUCCCAGACAGAACACGUGUUCCUGGCAUCCGACUUACCCUGGUGCUUACUCUGACCGCCACAUUCCGGGAGUUCCUUCUCUUCAGAGACCCUUUCUACUCUGUGUGGCCCCAUGAGCCUGACCUUUAGGAAAUGACUUACAGUUCAAAGUCCCCGAGUUGCGUUAUGACCUUGGACACUUUGGGAAAGUGUCAAAUGAAGAAUUUCCAUCUAUUUCCUCCUCCCUCUGUCCUCCUCUCCCUCCCUUCUCUUCUCUCUCCCUCCACCCUUCUCUCCCACAAACAAGUACUGUUUACUUAGGCAGAAGCGUAGUGCUAGGUGCUGGGGAUAUGGAACCAAAGCCACAAUCCCUGGCCUUAAGAAGCAGAGACAAAGGAGCAGUUGAUUGAAACGUGACUGUGGCCAGUGCAAUGAGGGAGGGAUGCCUAGCCGGGGGGCCCCCGAGCGGGCACGGGACAGGGAAAGGGCGGGAUCGAGAUAGGGAAGAAACCUGGGAAGAGCUGAUUCCUGAGUGGAGACUUUGGACAGAGUGUUAUCGAGGUGUUCCGGGCAGACUGGACCACGUGGGAAAAGUCCAGGGCCAAGAGAGCAUGACUCAUUUGAGAAUUGCAGGUGAUGGGGGAGGGCUGGAGGGUGGGCUUGAGGGUGGGGUUGAACAGGUUGGCAGAUCAUGGAGGGUCUUAAGAUGUUAUAUUAGGGAGUUGAAGCUUUAUCCUGAGCAUAAUGGGGACCCUAGAAAAGGUUUAACUGGGGAAUGAUUUGGUCAGAUUUGUAAUUUAGAUAGAGUCAUUUACUUCAUACCCUAUGACGUUAGACGUCAAGACCCAUAAAUGUGCCUGAUGCCACGGAGUACGUGUUUCCCGCUGAGUCUGAGAGGCUCAUGACUCGAUCAUGGUAGAAAGGCAGGGUGGGCCACUAUUUAGGAGUGGAGGAAGAGAGGCUAGGCGUUAGAACAGAAUGGGCCGGUAUGAUAUUGUAGUCGUGCUGCAUCUGAACCUGGUAGGUAGUUACAGUGUCUUUGUAUCAGAAAUGCUGAUGAGCAGUUUUGAGGAUUUGCAACAUCACUGGGUCCUUGCUGUCUCAUUCUAUCUGUAUUUUAUCAUCCCCAUUUUACAGAUAAGGGAACCAAAGCCCAGAGAGACCAGUAACUUUCGUGGUGUUAUUAAGAAUGAGAGCAGGGGGAGUUCCCUGAUGGUCUAGUGGUUAGGUUUCAGAACUUUCACUGCCAGGACCUGGGUUCAGUCCCUGGCUGGGGAACUGAGAUCCUACAAGCUGCGCAGCAAGGCCAGGAAAAAAAAAAAAAAGAA